AGACUUCAUUUAUUCAUCCAUGCAGGUUGGUCUAAGUUGUAGAAGCACCGCAUUCUGGAUGCUUCGAGGAGGAAGAGUAGUAGUAGUCUCCCUCACUCUCUCGCACAUCUUGUGGGGGAGUGUUUGUUUCUCUGAGUUGAGUUAGUUAGUCAAGUUCAGCUCAACCCGAAGGCACAAUUUCGGAUGUACCGGAGUUCAAUCAUGCUCUCCGCUCCCUUCGUCCGCCUCGUCAAGUACCCUUAACUGAUGGCAAUAUGACUUUGAAUGAAUGAUCCACAAAUUAGCAAUUUAACUUAGCAGCGAGCGAAAUUGGUGGAGCUCUUACGAUUAAGUAGUGAUAAUGCUUUGGUCACGUGUUUAGGGUUUUCGCUGAGGAUUUUCGAGUGGCGCAAUUUCGUGGAUUCGCACUCGAUAAUGAGAUCGAAAGAUUGGAGCAUGUAGUUGCCCUUUUUUUUGUUACUCAUAGUACUUAGGGCGCGAAAUUGUUGUUCGGCAUGGGUAGUGAUGCGGAUUUAACUGACUCGGAGUCAGAAGGAGGAUUUGUGCAAGCGGAGGUCUCCACACCCGUAGCAGGGCCUUCGCCGUCAGGGAAAGGUAAAGGGCCUGCCAAGCCUGCUGGUGGGAAUAAGAGUUCAAGGAAAGUUAUAUUAAGAGAGCCAAGCCCUACUAAUGACGAAGAAGGUGACGACGAAGGUGAUGCCAAAGAGAAUGACGGGCAUGGGCCUUCUGGUAGGGCUGUUGCCAAGGGUAGUGCAGGGAAGGAUGAUGAGGAGGAAGAAGAAGAGAACAUGGACCAUGAAGAGCUAGGGAAGUACCAGACAGUCGACCCUGAUAAAAUGCGGGCUGUGCUAGCUACCUUCACCCCUGAACAGAUGAGUCGGUAUGAAUGCUAUCGACGUUCUGGCUUUCAGCGUGCCAACAUGCGGCGCUUGCUUCAAAGUGUAUCAGGUGGUCCAGUGUCGGUUCCCAUGACCAUUGUCAUAUCUGGAAUAGCCAAAAUGUUUGUUGGGGAGCUUGUGGAGAUGGGGCGAAUAGUGAUGACCGAGAGGAAUGAUACCGGGCCUAUUCGACCUACACACCUACGCGAAGCGUAUCGACGACUGAAGCUGGAGGGUAAAGUGCCUCAACGUAACAGGCCCCGCCUCUUUCGAUAGCCAACAUGCUUGUGGGCAUUUGUUUGAAGAAUUACCUAACAUCAAACCAGCGCUCAACAAUGCAGCAAAGUUGUGUUAAAUACUAUAAGACGCAUCGAUUGCUCUGAAGAUGAGGUGACGAGCUGGAUUUCGUUCUUCAGUUCUCUUGGCCGAUCCAAAUGUGUAUGUGAACAAGGAAAACAGCUCUGCUAGCGUCUCUUGAGGAUGUAUGGCAUUAGCAAUAUGUCAUUACCCAAGUAAUCAAUGAACAUGAGCAGGUCGAGCUCUGCAUCAUCUUGUUUGUAAAUCUUUCAGAGUUAGGAUGGCGUUUCUGCAGAACACGCUAUGCAUUUAGAAUCCAGCUAAUUAGAAUUCUUCAAGACACGGAUGCUGCUGCUGGGGCAGGCGGAGGAGCAUACGCCAGGUUAAUUUAACUGUGAUGAAAAGUAUCUUCAAUUCGACAAGAGCUCUGUUUUCAUUAAACCAUCUAUGGAUUGUUAAAGUAGUGUAUUCAUCUCACCAGGUGUAACCUCUACCUGGAUUCCAGGCUUAUGGGCUUUGAUUUGUAUUCCAGAAAGGUUUACUUCAAGUCACUCCCAUCUCGACUCACCCUUGGUAUACAAUAGUUUUUCAUCCA